AUUCCUUAGCUGCCAUUUUGUCUGCCGGACAUAGGCAGAGAGAGAAGCCAAGCAACAGCAACUACACAUCAAAGAACUGGAAUAACGAAAAAGCAGACGAUGUGAGUUGGCUGUCAAGUCCCAUCGGUAAACGUUACUGAGAUUUGGGGUUUGAAAGAAAAUUGGAUCCAAUUUAAUGGAUAUAUCGGUCUAAUUACGUAAAACAAAGGAGUCUUUCACUCCUGGCACGAAACUCGAAGGAAGCGAGUUGAGAAAGAACCCCGAACCCGUCAGCUAGCUAGCUUUUAGCAGAAGUGCUAGUAGGAAGGCUAGCCAGCGGUCUUCUGUUUUGUCUCCCUUGGUUCCGUCUGCGUCAAGUCUGAAGCUCAAGACAAAUUGGCAAGUUUGGCAGUUUAAUGUUGGUUCCCCAUCGUCGUUAUGUGUCGCUCGAAACCAAGGGACUGCUCUGUUCAAUGUAGCCCAAACACACAAAACGUCAGUGGAAGUUAAAGUCAAGAACUCGGAAGAAGGAUUUGGUGUUAACUAACGUUAGAUAACUAGCUCGCUAUUAACAGUUAUCUAGCUAACUUAGCUGAACUUUGAUUUGAAUUCCGGGCACAUAGGUAGCUCGCCAGGCAGUGGACUGUGCUUUGUCUCGCUAAUUGAACGUUGGUAUCUAGGCUGCUAGUUAUGUUUAUUUGUAGCCAUCGAGCAAACAUUAAUGUUUACAAAUUGCACAGUGGGACUCUUUCCUGGAUCGAAUGCUCCAACGGAAAUAUAAGUUAACACAAGCUAGCCCAUAUUUGUUAGCUAGUUGUUUUAUUAUACAGAAUAUAUACCUUGCUAAUUAUAUAGUUAUUUAACUGCUCACUGAUUUGCCAUUUCAAGAGGAUCGGGGCAGAUAAAGCUAGUUGAAAAUUAUUAUUGUGCGCUGGAUUUGAACUACCUUAGGUAACGUUAGCUAGCUGAAACACAUAUUGCAACAAAUAAUUUUCAACGACAAUGGACUAGACGUCAUACCAUUUUUGUUGUUGUCAAGGAACCGAUUGACGUGGCCUGAAACCGUCACACACUUGUCAUCACUGGUGUUACGUGCGUCAGCUAAUAUCCAAUCAUUGGACCGUGUGUGUGGGUUGAUCAUCUAGCUAAUUAUUGUGGGGUUUGUAGCGAAACAUUGAAACACAAUGUCAGGACAGUCUAUAACGGAUCGGAUCGCCGCGGCACAGCACAGCAUGACCGGGUCGGCUAUUAGCAAAGCCGUGUGCAAGGCCUCGACGCACGAAGUCAGCGGUCCCAAGAAGAAACACCUUGAUUACCUGAUCCACUGCACCAAUGAGAUGAACGUCUCUGUUCCCCAGCUGGCAGACACACUGUUUGAGAGAACAGCCAAUAGUAGCUGGGUGGUGGUUUUCAAAGCCCUUAUCACUACACACCACCUCAUGAUGUAUGGCAAUGAGCGUCUCAUCCAGUACCUGGCCUCUAGAAACACCCUCUUCAACUUGAACAACUUCUUGGACAAAGGUGCUUUGCAAGGUUCUGACAUGUCUACCUUCAUCCGUCGGUACAGCCGCUAUCUGAAUGAGAAGGCCAUGUCUUACAGGCUGGUGGCUGUGGACUUUACCAAGAUGAAGAGAGGGAUUGACGGUGUGAUGCGUACCAUGAGCAUAGAGAAGCUCAUAAAGACCCUUCCUAUUAUCCAGAACCAACUAGACGCACUGCUAGACUUCCAGGCCAACCCUAAUGAGUUAACUAACGGGGUGAUCAACUCAGCCUUUAUGCUGUUGUUCAAGGACUCCAUCCGUCUGUUUGCUGCCUACAACGAGGGCGUCAUCAACUUACUGGAGAAAUAUUUUGAUAUGAAGAAGGGUCAAUGUAAAGACGCAUUGGACAUCUAUAAGAAGUUCCUCUACAGGAUGACCAAGCUGUCAGAGUUUCUAAAAGUAGCAGAGCAAGUUGGAAUAGAUCAGGGUGAUAUCCCCGAUCUCUCACAGACCAUUAAAGGAUCAUGCAUUGCUCCUAGUAGUCUCCUGGAGGCUCUGGAGCAGCACCUAGCCUCUCUGGAGGGGAGAAAGACCAAGGAACUCACCGCUGAUACCAGAGCGUCCACCCUGUCCAGUGCGGUGUCGUCUCUGUCCAAUACAGGCAUGUCAUUCAGCCGCAUGGACGAGAAGGAGAGACAGCAAGCCUUAGAGGAGGAGCAGGCCAGACUGCAGGCCCUCAAGGUACAGGACCAGCGUCUGAAGGAGAUUGGCAUGUCCACUCCAUCUGCCUCCCCCAGUACACAGUCUAUGGGCAGUGUCAGCAACAACCACCACAACACCAAUCAAGGCAUGGAGCUAUUCAGUGCACCCUCCACCAACAGCAUGCCCAACCUCAGUAGUGAUCUAUUUGACCUGCAGCCAGCCUUUCUACCUGCUGUCCAAAGCACUCCCUCUAUCUCUACAGCCACCAGUGCCUGGGGAGGUGCUGCUGAGCCAGCUGAGUCCUCCAUGAGUGUAGAUUUUGAAGCUGUUUUCGGGGGCGGGGCUAGAAGACAGGCCAAUAACCACGUACAGCCUGCCACCGAUGGGUUUGACGCUCUAGGGGACCUGCUGAAGCCCACAGUGCCCAGCCACAACCAGGCUCCUCCCAUGGCCCUGCACCACCCUGGUCAUCCCCAUCCAGGGCACCCAGGAGGCAAGCUGCUGGCCAAUGACCUUGACUCGUCCCUUGCCAACCUCGUUGGCAAUCUGCAGUUCGGAGGAGCCCCAGCCAAGAAUUUGUCGCUGUGUGCUCCGGUGUUCAGGCCAGACAUGCAGUGGAGUCAGCCUGGAGAGAAGAAGCUAACCGGUGGACACAACUGGCAGAGCAAGACCAUGACUAGCACCACGACCUGGAACCCCGCUCCCAUGGCCCCUGCACCCAUGCCUGUACAACACAUGAAUGGGAUGUUCUAUGCCAGUUAUGCUCCAGCUCCUAUGACAUUCCCAAUGACGACGCCGCAAGUGCCUAUGUAUGGAAUGGUCCCUCCUCAAAUGGGUCAGAUGGGGGGUGUACAGUUGAUGGCCCCUCAGCCCAUGAUGUACAACCAGCCUGUACUCAGACCCACAAAUCCCUUCGCCCCCAUGCCUGGAGCCCAGAUGCAGUUCAUGUAAUCUCAUGGGGGGGAUCCGAGUGCCGAAAGCGAUGGCAAAAACACACACCGAGCGAACCACCGAAGACUAAAUGACCGAAUGAAUGAAUGAACGAAGGAAUGACAGACAGAAGGAAAACCAACCAACACCAAAUAUAAGAGAGGAA